AUGAACGAAGGCACCAGUAGGAGGACUGCUGAUAUUCCUCAAAUCAAUUGUCUCUUCGUCCAUGCUGAAUUUUCCUAUCAAGAUGCACUCGCUGAACGUAUGGAAACUGCAGCGAUUUGCGAACGGAAACGCAAAGACGCUGCCACUGAAAGGGCCAUUUCUUUGGUAUACAAUAAUGAUCUGCUUAUGCGUCAUAUCAUAAGCUUCGUAACGAAUAUGAACGACAGAGUGAAUGUAGAGCUAAGUUCGUCAAGACUUCGGAACAUAAGCAGGACGGCCAUGUGGAGGUUUAGGUCAGGAGGUCAUACCCUCUCACUAACAUAUAAGACUUUUAACGAUUACGUCUCGGUUGAAAUUGGUGACGUUUGGUUCGUAUUACCAUCCACUACCAUGGAAAGUAGAACACAGGGAACCACCUGUAAGACAGCCCAGCCUCCGAAGUUAAUAAACACGUUAUAUGGAAUGGCCGAGAGGUUUGCACUAGAAAUACGGAACAUUAUCUUGGGAGGUGUCGAUAUGGAAAGCCGAAGUAGAGGAGUUCAAAAUCACCAGCUGAUUGUGACAUCGGAUUUGUUACGGUUUAUCAACGACAGGCUCAAAAAUCUAAAAACGAUCUCAUUUGCACAUUGUGGUUUUGACGGCGGAGCUGUUGCAUAUCUGAGUUCCCAUGCAUGUUCCUUGCCUCUGCGUAUCAGCGAGCUCAUGUUGGAUAGCAUUUGGUUUGACUCCAGCAGGUUAAUGAGAGAGUUCACGUUAUUGCUGUCACCCAGUUUACGCGUACUACACCUGGAAGGAUUUUCUAUUCAUAAUCUUGGAGUUGAGCUUCUCAAUCGAAUACGGGAACUAAACACGAUAUUGGAUGACUUUCACAUACGGCUCAGUACAUCGACUGUUCAUGGUUUAACAUUGCAAGAUAUAAGAUCGUUUCUGGAUACAUCUUCUGCCAUCACGCACAAACUCGGCAUUGACAUACUGUGUUCACAUAGCAAAAGAAGAGACAGAUUUUUCCUUGCUCUUCGAAUACUUCCGAAACUUUGUAAUAUAUCUGAAUUACAACUCUUGGUUCAGCCAACAAAUCGUCGAGAACUGGAAGAUUUGGCUCAUAUUCUCAGUAACCUCUGGAAACUUCCUCUUUUGCAAAAGAUCUCCUGUGGUGACUGGAGAAGCUAUGAAAUGUCCAUUGCGCUAUACAACGGAUUAUUACAUUGUGAAUCACUCAAAGCAAUUACUAUAAGUAACAUUGUGGAAUGCAAUCCUGAUGAAAUGGCGACAUUGCUUUCUGGCAUUCCGCGUCAAGUUCAAUCACUCAGCCUCAAACAUCUCUCCAUAAUAGACAUGAAUUUAGUAGACACUUGUGAGCGGCUAAGUUCGCUCCGAGAUCUCAAAUUAGUCAAACUUCCUAGGAUCUCUUCUCGUGGCAUUUUACAGGCGAUUUCGCUUCUCCGUGGGCUCGAAUUUUUUUAUUGUUCGUGUCCUACAAGUGCGGUAUUGUUGCGAUCUAUCAUCAACAGCGGAAAUUAUGAACAUUUGCGGAAAAUUACCUUAGUUGUCACCUCAGGAUACCCACAGGAUUAUGAGGAAUUGUUAUCGAAAUAUUUUUUCAAUGUCUGCUGUUCAAAAUAUCGUCGAAGGGCGGCGCCUACGUCCUUAAAUGCCAACAAGAAUUGGAUACCAUUCCUGCCUGUGAAUUUGAUUUUUUGUGACAGGUGA